GUCUCGGCAUGGCGCUGCCCUGGGCCCUCGCCGUCUUGAGCCUCCUUCCUCUGCUGGACGCCCGGAGCCCAGUGUGUGCCAACUUCACAGCGGCGCCUCUCACCAAUUCCACCCUGGACCGGCUCUCUGGCAAGUGGUUCUAUAUCGCAGGAGCCUCCCGCAACCCUGAGUUCAAGGAGGCAGCUAAGACCUUCCAGGCGGCCUUCUUUUACUUUGCCCUCAACCACACGGAGGACACAAUAGAGCUCCGACAGUACUUGACCGUGUGAGACCCCCACACCCUCACCCCCAUGCCCCGCUUCUGGCUUCUGCCCCUAGCUGCCAGGAGACCUUGAGCAAGUCCCUCCCCCGUCCUGGCCUUGGCCUUCCCAUCCAGGGAAUGGGGAGGGCUGACUCCAAUCGCCCUUGACUCCUGCCUUGAUGAUUGUGACAGGUGAUGGUCCACUUCUCCUUGACCCACUUGCUGCCUUUCUCCUCCUUCUGUUGGGCUUUAGUGGGAACCACUGUGUCUAUGAAUCCAGCAUCUUGAACGUCCACCGG